CGUUACACAGCACCCUGUAGGGAGACGAGCAGAAGUUGUGCUAUUAGACCACCGUCAACUCACUGCACUCAAUAAGAGAAGAAUGUGUUGCCUAUCUGGUGUCACCACGGAGGGGAUCAAGUCUGCGGGACUGUCCCACGCGUUCCACGCACCGUGCAGAGCAUCACUCAAAGGGACACUGUGAGGACUGCAGCAUCCUCACAUGCGUGGACUCUUCACCUCAUCCUGCAAACAUCCAUUCAAGUCAAGUUAGGGGACUACAAGGUGACCGAGGGCGACAUGAGGAGUUUGGCGCUUCUGCUCGGAGUGAAAGCCGCAUGCAUCCUACUGGUGUCGUCGCUGUCUGGCACAGGGGCGGUCAACAACAGCGGCCGGUGGUGGGGCAUUGUCAACGUGGCCUCCUCAUCCAACCUUCUCACCAAUUCCAAGAAUGUGCAGUUGGUCCUGGAUCCGAGCCUGGCCCUGCUGAGUCGCCGCCAGCGUCGGCUGAUUCGGCAGAAUCCUGGCAUCUUGCACGCCAUCACUGCUGGACUGCACACAGCCAUAAAGGAGUGCAAGUGGCAGUUCCGCAACCGCCGCUGGAACUGCCCAACCACCCACAGCCCAGCAAUAUUUGGCAAAAUUGUCAACCGUGGUUGCAGAGAGACAGCCUUUGUAUUUGCCAUCACCAGUGCAGGCGUGACCCAUGCUGUGGCUCGCUCCUGUUCAGAAGGUGCCAUUGAAUCAUGCACGUGCGAUUACCGCCGCAGAGGUUCAGGGGGACCGGACUGGCACUGGGGAGGCUGCAGUGAUAAUGUGGACUUUGGCAGGAUGUUCAGCCGUGAGUUUGUGGACUCCAGCGAGAGAGGACGAGAUCUGCGCUACCUCACUAAUGUGCACAACAACGAGGCGGGCAGAAUGACGGUGUCCUCAGAGAUGCGGCAGGAGUGCAAGUGUCACGGCAUGUCAGGCUCCUGCACCGUACGCACUUGCUGGAUGCGCCUACCAAGCUUCCGCACCGUUGGAGACUUCCUCAAGGACCGCUUCGACGGUGCAUCCCGAGUCGUUUACGCCAACAAGGGCAGCAACCGUGCCUCACACAGAGCAGAUCCUCGCCACCUGGAACCUGAAAACCCGGCUCAUAAACCCCCUUCCGCCAUGGACCUGGUCUACUUUGAAAAAUCACCAAACUUCUGCUCCUAUAAUGGCAAAACUGGCACUUUGGGUACUUUGGGUAGAGCAUGCAACAGCUCUUCGCCAGGCCUGGAUGGAUGUGAACUACUCUGCUGCGGACGCGGGUUUAAGACCAGGGCCGAGAGCAUCACGGAGCGGUGCAACUGCACAUUCCACUGGUGCUGUCACGUUAGCUGCCUGAACUGCACCAGUACACGAACGUUACAUCAGUGUCUAUGAUUAUGUCGGUGAAUACUUGAGGUGGGGAUUAUUUAGACAUAUGAGAAUCAGAACGUCUUAAAAAUGAAAUAGCUGGCAAAGGAAAUCACAAAUAUACAGGUGGUUGCUAUCAAAUAGAAGCUGGAAAAGCUUUGAGGCAGGUACACUGACAGGGAAUCACCCAAAAAGUCAAUCAAUGAAAAAAAUGCACAAAUAUACAAACAGGGUAUAGAAGGAGUGUACAUGCUAGCUCCUUAUCUUUAAUGCUCAAAGGUAUGCCUCAGGAUGUGGAAGAGGUGUAGCCAGGUAGACAUCAUCUCUAUAUUACUGGACAUGGUGUUUCACAUGAGAAGGGUUACACAAUUUGUUAUUUCUUCUACAAAAGUUUGAUUUAUUUCAAUGAAAUCUCUUAACAUGGAGUGUGGUUGCUGGUGGUCCCCACCACUUUGUCCCUUCUUCUUCAGAUUUCAUAUGUAGCUGAACCUACACCUCAACCACAAUCUGCUCCUUUGACUUACUGCAACACAGUCCAGAUGCUAAAUGACAGAGACUGCUACCACCAAGGAAAACAGAAACUGACCAACUCUUGUGGAUUUGAAUGUAUUAUCGUUACACUGACUAUCUCUGCAUAAUCUCAGCAUGUUUAAUACAAGGGCUAACCCUGAGGUAUGCAAUGAAAAUGAUACAUACCUGAUUAAAACUACAAGACUCGUCAGAAGUAAUGACUUUAUUUUGAAGAAUAAAGCAGAAAUCACACUGCAUCCGCUAAGAGAACCAAAAUGCUGUAAAUAUCAAAAUACUAUAUGAAUAUAUUUAUAAUGAUGUCAUUGCUUGGUUGACUGAAUAGUAUGCAUCCCAUCAGAGACAAUUUAAUUACUUUCAAGUCAAUAUUUUCAUUUUGAUUUUCUUUGUUCAUGUUUUUAUUAUCUAUUUUUUAAAGUACUUUAGCUGACAUAAAACUCUUAAAAGGAAAGGGCGAGCACCACUUGUGUUUUUGUCAUGCACUGAAUACACACCUUUUCAUCAGUGUAAAUAUAAAAAUAUUUAUUUGUAAGGAUUGUUAUACUGCUAUAGCAAGAUGUACGAGGUGAUGCUCUUUAGGGGAUAAAAAUGACG